CAUUAUGUAGUGAAGUGGAGAUCAGUCAGCGCACGCCAUUCGCUACGAGCUGUAGUUUUUAGUUUUAAUAAUAGUACGACAAGACUAGCGUAAAUUCAUUUAAAAAUAAAACUUCACGCUUCACUACAGAGCUCAGAUUUGAAUACAAUACAAUUAAUUAAUCAAGAUUAUCGCUGAAGAAGUGUUUAUCGCAAUUUUAUUCAGAUAUUCGAUGACAUAAAAAUAAUAAUUGGAAACAAAAUAAUAACAAUUAACACUAGUGUUGUGCGUAACGUCUAAAACAUCUUGAGAUAGAUCUAGUUAUUGAGUAUCGUUAUCUGUUUUCGGCGCUAUUUUUAACUUGAAUCGACUCAUCGUAUGAGAGAAUUCAGUUGAGUUACGUGCUUCGAUUGGACAAGAGUGAAAUAGUGUUGUAAAAAAAAGAAACAAUACAGUGCAAAAAAUAUGAACACAGGAGAAUAUAAUGACCCUAAGGGGCAGGGCAUGCCACCUCCUUACACAGACACACCUCAGCCUCCACCAACCGCUCCUUUAUACCCCCCUCUACAACCUGGAGGUAUUGAGUUGCAGCAACAACACCAACAACAGCCACCAACCGUGAUCCCAGUGCUUGUGGGAACACGCCCAAUGGGUCCCAAAGCAACUACGUUGACCUGUCCAUCUUGUAAUGCUGAGAUUACGACAAGAGUACAACACAUGAGUUCUACUAAAACACAUUUAUUUGCACUUGGACUUUGUUUAUUGUUCUGGCCUUGUGCAUGUCUACCAUACUGCAUCGACAGUUGCCAAAACGCUGAUCACUACUGUCCAAACUGCAACGCUUUCCUCGGCAGCUACAGCAAUUAAUAUCAAAACCGAAUAUACAUUGUGAUCUAUUCUAUCAUUAUAUUAGUUACAACUUACUCACACUGUUAUUUGACGGGGCAACUCGAUUAAUUUCAAGCCACGUCAGGGAUUCAUAGUCAUUUACAGCAUUGCUAAAAGUGAACUAUUCUAUAUUAUAAUAAAAAAUGUUUUUUAAUAAUAUUACGGUGCUAUACAAGCUUACUAUAUGUGCCCUAUAAUAUAAUAAUCUUAUGAAUACAAUGUAUCUAAGCAUUUAUUUAAUACAUCAUAAAUGGCCCGGCAAGGAAAAUUUAAAAUGCCAAUUCUUAGUUUUUUUUUUACAUACAACUGGUUAGACGUAUAUCUACGUAAUGAAUUCAUGAAUAUCAAUGAAUAAAUACAUUUAUUAUAGGAAUAAAGAUAUGUAGGAAUCAAGCAAAUUACAUUUGAAGUAAAAAUAACAAAUGAAAUA